AUGCGGCUUUUAUCAUUCCUCAUCCAUUGCUCACUCAAUCAGCACAGUGCCAACACCUCCUCCUCCUCCUUUUUCCUCCUACGCCGCUCCAUGGCCACAGCCGCCGCCUCCGAGCCCAUCAGCCCAUCCAACACCAAGCUGGGCUGGAUCGGCACCGGCGUGAUGGGCCGCUCGAUGUGCUCCCACCUCCUCAAGGCUGGCUACGCUGUCACGGUCUACACCCGCACGCGAUCCAAGGCCGAAGCCUUGCUCUCCGCCGGGGCCCGCUGGGCGGACUCCCCGAGAUCCCUCGCCUCCCAAUCCGACGUCGUCUUCACCAUCGUCGGCUACCCCUCGGACGUUCGUCACGUCAUCCUCGACCCCUCCACCGGCGCCCUCUCCGGCCUACGCGCGGGCGGCGUGGUGGUCGACAUGACCACCUCCGACCCCUCCCUUGCCGUCGAGAUCCACGCCGCCGCAUCCGCAGCCGGGUGCUCCUCCGUGGACGCCCCCGUCUCCGGUGGGGACCGCGGCGCCCGCCUCGCCGCGCUCUCCAUCUUCGCCGGCGGCGAGGAGGGCCUGGUAGCUCGCCUCACACCCCUGUUAAGCCAUCUCGGGAGGGUUUACUACAUGGGCGGGCCCGGGAAGGGGCAGUUCUGCAAAAUGGCGAACCAGGUGACAAUUGCCUCGACCAUGGUUGGGUUGUGCGAGGGUUUGAUAUACGCGCACAAAGCCGGUUUGGAUCUGUCCAAUUACCUGAGUGCCAUUUCCACCGGUGCCGCCGGCUCCAAAUCUCUGGACUUGUAUGGAAGCCGGAUACUGAACCGGGACUUUGAGGCGGGUUUUUAUGUGAACCAUUUUGUGAAGGAUUUGGGGAUCUGUUUGAGGGAAUGUGAGAAAAUGGGAUUGGCUUUGCCUGGGCUGGCAUUGGCUCAGCAGCUGUAUUUGUCGCUUAAGGUUCACGGGGAGGGUGAUUUGGGUACUCAAGCUCUUGUUUUGGCUCUUGAGAGGCUCAACAAUGUGUCGCUUGUGGCACGGAGUUCGGAUGCUUUGGCAGAGAAAAAGAACUGA